AUGAUAGUGACUAAAUAAUUGAAUUAGUAUUUGAAAAUAGCAGUUUUGAACAAAUUUUAGAAUCAGAAUUUAUCUAAUUUUUAGAUAGAAACAAAGAAAAAGAAAUUAAAAUAAUAACUACUCUUGGUGAAUUAGGAUAAGGAAAAUCUUUUAUUCAAAACUUUUUAGUCUCAAAAUUCAAAAAUUGUUAAGAUUAUUUAAUGGUCUUUCCUAGCUCUUAGGGAAGUUAGUCUGUAACAAAAGGUAUUUAAUUUUAUGCAAUAGAAUAUAAUUACAAAGUUUUGGUAUUUUUUGAUUGCGAAGGAUUUGAUUAUUCUGAUAAAUCAAAUUUUAUGUAAGAUCUAUAAAAAUUAGUGUGUCUUAUUUGUAGGAUUUCAACUGUUAUUUUAUACGUACAUACUAAUUCGAGAUAACCUAAGCAUCUUGCAAAUAUUUUAAACCUAAUAAACAUUGUGGACGAUAAUAAUUCUUAAAUAGUAAAUAAUUUAAUAGAAGUUAUUAAUAACUGCAAUGGUCAAACAAAUAAGAGUUACCAAGAAAAUUAUAAAAAUAUUAUUAAAAAUGUAUUUCAAUGUCAACAGGUUAAUUUUAAUUCUGAAUUUGACGAUUAAUAAUACUCUUGUAAGAUAAAAAAUGACGAAAAUUUUAAUAAAUUUAUUUAAUAAAUUGAAUAGAUUUAACAAUUUUGUGAAAAAUCUUAAUAUGAAACUCCAUUCGAAAAUUGCAAAGCCUUUGAAAGGGAAUAGAACUGUCAAAGCUUUAAGGAAAUGCUAAUAUGUUGCUUUUAAAUUAUAAAAGAAGGCAUUAAAGAAAAUGUGA